UUACGGAAUAUUCCUCUCCAUUGGCAUCGGUAUCGCUAGAGAAUCGGCGAAUCUAAUGGUCGGACAGUAUUUCAAGCGAAAACGCUAUUUCGUUGAGAUCUUUAUUCAAAGCUCUUUAGGCAUAGGAAUUGCUGUUAUGUCUCCGUUUCUGAGUUGGAAAUGUUUAAGCAUUGGAGGGCUGGCCUACAAUUAAUAACCUGCACACUGUUUGCCACAUUCUUGAUCGCAGUGCUGUACAGACCGGCCUCUCUAUAUCACCCCCAAAGACGGG